UGCCCUCAAAAUUGGACUCCACACCAAUCUACUUGCUAUAAACUAUCCUCUAAUACCCUGGAAUGGAUCGCGGCAAAAUUUGCGUGCGAAGCACUCGGAUCUAAUCUCGCAAUGUUGGAUUCACCAGCUGAACAACAAGAAAUUGCUUGGGGGAGCAGGACAUGGAUUGGUUUGCACCGUGACUCCAGUAAUAACUCACACUGGCAAUGGAUUGAUGGUUCGUUAGCGAUUUACCUAAACUUUGAUUAUAACCAGCCAGACAACUGGAAAGGCACUGAAGAUUGCGUAGAAAUAUAUCCGUCAAGGAAAUGGAAUGACUUGAACUGUAAUACUCCUCGUCAUUAUUCUUGUGAAUUGUCG